AAAAAACUUCAACUCAUGUUGCGUUGCGAUCAAAUGUUCCAACUCAUAAGUCGUACAGUUCGCUGUACUAGUGAUAAGUACCAACUCUUAUAUGAAAUAAAAGUUCAAUUCAGAAAUAUUUUCAACAGUCAACUUAAUUUCGUUCUCGGUUGGAUCUGCUUACGCAUGGACUUCUCCGGUCAUCCCAAAACUAAAAAGAAACGAAAGCCCCCUGCCAGAACCGACGUCAACGCUUGAAGACUCAUGGAUCACGUCACUGAUCAAUCUAGGAGCAAUCUUCGGCCCGUUUCUGGCCGCUUUCAUGUCCGAAAGGGUCGGUCGGAAAAGGGCCCUCCUAUCAUUCUCCCUGCCGAUGAUCUUGUGUCAUUUGAUCAGUGCUUUUGCCAAUCGAGUGUACAUGUUUUUGGUGGCGAGGUUUUUGAUGGGUGUCGGAAUAGGGGGUGUUUAUUCGAUCGUUCCGAACUACGUGACAGAGAUUGGAGAGGAUAAGAAUCGCGGUCUACUCGGUUGUACCAUGUCCUUGAUGAUUGCUUUCGGUAACGUUUUUGUUUAUGCUGUUGGACCGUUUGUAAGUGUACAAUUGUUGAGCUUUUUAAAUUUAGUGCCGCUUGUUAUGUUCUUGGUGUGUUUUGGUGGUAGUGUACCAGAAACACCUCAGCAUCACAUCAAAACUAACAACAGAAAAAAAGCUGAAGACGUCUUAAGACUGUUUAGAUCCAAAAACUGUAAUCUCCAGGAAGAAUUUGCGAAGCUGGUGAAAUCUAUGGAAAUGGAAAACAGCAAGGGAAGUCUUAAAGACUUAUUAACAACCAAACCAAUCACAAGAGCCUUAAUAAUAGUUAUUGGACUGAUGGUCCUUCAGCAGUUUUCGGGUAUAAACGCAGUUUUAUGUUACAUGGAAACGAUUUUCGGAGCAUCUAAAAGUUCAUAUCCUCCUGAAUAUUCAGUAAUUUUUGUCGGAGUUGUGCAGUUAAUAACAACGGCUGUAACAACACAACUAGUGGAUAAAGUCGGAAGGAAGUUUCUCUUGUUGUUGUCAUCAAUAGGCUCUAGUUUGUCAUUGGUUUGUCUUAGUGUUUAUUUUUAUCUCAAUACCAAUAAUUAUAAUGUAGAAUCGAUUCUUUGGUUACCUCUAGUUAGCUUGAUAGUUUAUAUAAUAGUUUUUAACAGUGGUUUAAGCUGUAUUCCUUGGGCUAUUUUAGGAGAACUAUUUCCUUCUCAUGUUAAAUCUUUAUCUUCAUCAAUCACGUCUAUGGUUAAUUUAGUUUUAGCUUUUUGUAUUACAAUGUUUUUUCCACAUUUAGCUGAAAUUUUAGGCUUGGCUAGCACUUUCUUGCUUUGUGCAAGUUUCUGUGCCACCGGCGCUGUUUUUACGUUUGUUUUAGUACCCGAAACCAAAGGUAAAAGUUUGGAGGACAUACAAAAAAUACUAAGUGGUUGAGAUGAUGAAGAAAAAUAAAGUUCCUGGAAUUAACAUUUAUUUAUAUGUUAUUUAUUUUAAGUUUGUAAUUGACUAGACUUGUAUUUAUGUAACGUUUAUAAUAAAAUUUUGUACUUA